AUUUUUCGGCCCCCGCAGUUUGAAUGCGUGCGCAUUGAUGGCGGCUGAGGGACACAAAGAGAAAGAUAUCAACGCACUCCCUCUUCUUUUGAUUUGUUUUUUCCUUGCACCUUUGUUCCUCCCUAUUUUUUCUUCGCAAUCUUUGCAACGUCCAAUUUCACAUUCGCAGCACAUCUCUCAAGCCAUGAACAAAGCAGUUAUCCUCGUUGGUGGGCCCUCACGGGCCACUCGCUUCCGUCCCCUCAGCAUGCACCUUCCGCAGCCGCUGUUCCCAGUCGGUGGCAAGCCCAUCAUCUGGCACCAGAUCAAGGCACUGUCCGAGGUCAGGGAUUUGAAGGAGAUCAUCCUGAUUGGUUUCUUCGAGGACUUUAUCUUCCGGCCAUUCCUGGGCAAGUGCCAGGAGGAGUUCCCCACGAUUACAUUCAAGUACCUGCGCGAGUAUUCGCAGCUGGGCACCGCUGGCGGGUUCUUCCACUUCCGCGACCAGAUCAUGCGCGGCGCGCCAAAGAACAUUUUCAUGUUGUACACGGACAUUUGCUGCUCGUUCCCGCUUAGCGAGCUCCUCGCCCAGCACGAGCGGCACGGACGGCUGGGCACCAUCAUGGUGACCAAGGUCGAGCGCUCAUCGGCCCACUUGUACGGAUGCGUUGUCGUCGACAAGGAGACCAAGCUGGCCGCUCACUACGUCGAAAAGCCCGAGACCUACGUUUCGGACAUGGCGUCGACCGGUGUGUUUGUCUUUGACCAGGACAUCUUCCGCUUCAUGGCGCAGGUCAUGGACAAGCGCGCGGACGAGUUUGAGCACCAGCGUGCUAACGAGAGCGCAUACGGCCGCUUUGAGGAAAACGACGAGGACCACGACGUCAACCGCUUGCGGCUGGAGCAGGAUGUGUUGCGCCAGAUGGCCGCUGACAAGAAGCUCAGUGCAUAUCUGUGCACUGGAUUCUGGCGCCAGAUCAAGUCGGCCGCCUCGGCUGUGCCGGCCAAUGCUCUGUACCUGCAGAAGGCGCUUGCCGAUGGCGACUCCUCCAUAACUGCCACCUCUGCGAAUGGCCCCGAGAUCACUGGCGCCGUGUUCAUCCACCCGUCGGCCCAGGUCCACCCAACCGCGCGCAUUGGCCCCAACGUCUCCAUCCACGCGCGCGUCGUCGUUGGGCCCGGCGUCCGCAUCAAUGACAGCAUUGUGCUGGACAACGUCCACGUCAAGGACAAUGCCGCUGUCCUGCACGCCAUUGUUGGCUGGGACAGCCGCAUCGGUAUGUGGGGCCGCGUGGAGGGCACGCGUGUUACCAGCCCCGACGACAUUGACGAAGUCACUCACUCGGGUGUCAAGCUCAACAGCAUCUGCAUCCUUGGCGAGGACGUCCAGGUCAAGGAUGAGGUCUUUAUCCGCAACUCUAUUGUUUUGCCGCACAAGGACCUGGCUGGCAACAAGCACAACGAGAUCAUUAUGUAAUUUUUCAAUACAUUAUCACACACAGCAUCUGCUUGGCACUCAGGAUGUGCAGUUGGCAGUUGUAUACACAAGCCGACAGCAUAUGUAUGUGGGUACGCGAAUCAUGUUGAGCCAGACGUUUAUGAAAAGCUCUCCUGGGCAAUUGAAGA